GAGUAUGUUCAGAAGAGUCGACUCAGUGAAGUGACUCGUGAUGGAGCUGUUUGACUCCUCCCCGUGCCAAGUGAAGCAGACGGAGCGGACCGCAGCAGUCCUCCUUGUGUCCACAGAGCAGCUUAGUGAUUCUCAGAGACGAUGGCAAACCGAGGCCCAAGUUAUGGAAUGAGCCGAGAGGUGCAGGAGAAGAUCGACCAAAAAUAUGACCCCAAACUGGAGACUCGACUCGUGGACUGGAUUGUGGCUCAGUGUGGAGGCGACCUGCAGCGCCCAGAACCUGGCAAAGAGAAUUUCCAAACCUGGCUCAAGGAUGGCACGAUUCUCUGCAGACUCAUUAACAGUCUCUACCCAAGCGACAUGCAGCCUAUAAAGAAGAUUCCUGAAACUAAGAUGGUUUUUAAGCAAAUGGAGAAAAUCUCUCAGUUCCUGCAGGCUGCUGAAGUGUACGGUGUAACCAGAGGAGACAUUUUCCAGACUGUUGACUUGUGGGAAGGGAAGGACAUGGCUGCAGUCCAGAGGACACUCACGGCUCUGGGAAGUGAAGCUCUUACCAGAGAUGAUGGUCAUUACCAUGGCAACAAGGACUGGUUCCACAGGAAAACUAAAGGCAACAGGAGGGAGUUCUCGGAGGAGCAGCUCCGUCAGGGUCGCACUCUGAUCAGUAUGCAGAUGGGCAGUAACCGCGGUGCGUCUCAGGCAGGUAUGACAGGCUACGGCACCCCGCGACAGAUAAUGCGCUACGAUUCACCGCGUCGCAACGGAGAAGAAAGUUCCCCCUAAACCUCCCCAUGCAGAGGUUUAACCCAGAACCCCAAAUCAGAUCCAGAGCUCUUCCUUUUAUUUCUGUUACAUUCUUCCUCUCGUUUUCUGUCCGUACUCUGUGCAUAUUUAUUUUCCCACUUAGAACAAUUCACACUCGUGUCAUCUGAAGCUAUAAAUCAGAAAUAUCCCAAAGUUUAAAAUGAUGUCAUGAAACACAAAAGAACCACAAGGCUAAAAAACACCGUGAGCUUCACUCGUCACUUCGGUAAUGACAGGAAAUAAACCUGUCUAGUUAGCACAUGUUUAACACGAGUAGCUCACGAAUGGACACGCUAAACAGGAAGUGACCUGCUCGUGUUGCACAUUCUUUAUUUUUCCCUCUUCAGAGAACAAUAAGGAUUUUAGAAGUAAUAUAUAAUAAAAGAAAUUAAAAAAAUCUAGCAGAGCGUCUGGAACAGAGCGUCUGGAACAGAGCGUCUGGAACAGAGCGUCUGGAACAGAGCGUCUGGCCGCAGCAUGGCCUUCUAGCUAAAACUACAGCUCAGGGGAAUGAGAAGCUGCAUGUACUGUAGUGUGCAUGGACUAAAUCCCACACUGUAACAGAACAGAUCUGGAAUUAGCUGCAGAUGAAAAGUCUGGAUUAGAUCAUAGAGAAACACCAAACAGCUUCACGCUAACGUAUGUACUAAUGUACGUAGCGGCUGUAUCCCCGUCCCAAGAGGAAAGAACAGAAGGUGUCCAUCUUGGUUAUGAGAGAAAACCUGUAAUCAUUCUAAGUGUGAGAAGUGUGACAAAAUCCUUCAGUGCUAGCAGCUUCGAGAAAACCUAGAACUAUCUGACGAGUAGCUAAAAUUAGCAAAAAUAGGGUUUUGUGAGUUAGCACAACAUGCUAGCUAAAGUUAUCACAGUUUUUGUGCUAAUUCGUUAACCUACCAGUAACAGUUUAUUGCCAACAAGCUACACUUAUGACAAGUAGCUAUAACUAUUAGCCGUCUAAAGGAACCACGGGACGUCGCUAGCUAUAAAUAUGUCCUGCUAGCUAAAUUAACCACAAGUAGUUACUACUAGCUGUCUAAUAUUAUCACAAACUUAAAGCUUGUUGGAUGAAACUAUUUGCAAGAUUUCUGAAGUUUUGGAAGCGACCGAGUAUAUAAUCUCCCUCCAGCGGUGGCUUCGACGCGAGACAUCGUCAUUCCCUGACAGCGUUGAUAAAGUGUGCGUUUGUGGUAUUUUAUUCUUAUUUCUACGCGUCACGUAACAACAACGUGACAAAAUCGUAUUUAAAUCGUCGUUAAUGCGUUAAAAAGCCAUAGCGUUUUGAUUCCGUAAUAGAAGCCAUACGAAGCUGUUGCACUUUCGAGCCGUCUUUACGUUUUAUUUUUAGACAGAUCCUGUCUUUAUUUUUCAUACAUUUGUACACUUGUGAUUUUUUGCUCUAAUUCCAAAAGGAUCAAUAAUGAUGUCAUGAUGUAUCUCAAAUAGUUUAUCUUCUGCAAACUAGCUGAAGAUGUUCUCGCUAGUUAAAUAAAGGUACCACAAGAUUUUACCGCUAGUUACAAAAAAAAAGUUUUCUUUGAGUUUCUCAGAGGAAAUCCUUCUAAAGCUGAACAGGACAUGAUCCGUUCUCUCUCUAUCGGUUCGGUUCGGUGUUCCGUUAACACGUGGAUGAUUUGCUAGAACACUGUGGCGGAGCAGCUCGAGGAGAACGUUAGGCUUUUAUUAUAAUGAAGUUACAAACAUAAAUCAGUUAAAUCUAGAACUUUUAAGAGCUUUUCGUUUUGGUCUUUAAAGAAGAAAAAUCACAGAAUCCGUUAGAAUUCAACACGAUAAAGUUCCACUGAAAUCAUCGAUCGUUCCUCGCCGUGGUUCUGUUCCUGUAACCCAGAACCUGUUAGAUGUCCAGGAACUUUCCAACGUCCCAGAACACAUUGUUACGAUGUCAGAGAGACCGACAAACGCCUGAGGUAACGAGCUCGAGUUGAUCUCGCUCGCUGUUCCGUAAGCUGGAACAUCAGGAGCUCGACACUGAGCAAUUUAGGGAACUGAUGUGAGUCCUGGACUUGGUGAAGGCACGACGCGUCACGUACACUUCAUAAUCCUAACUGCAGUUAUAAUCGACAUCUGCAGUUAUAAUCUACACGGACUUUUAUUUCUGAUUGUAAUUAGUGUCGAAAUUUGUUUUAAGCACAACAUGGAUCCAUUCUGUGGGUGUUUAAAAUAAAUAACCGAAAAAAAGAAACCUUUAUCGUUAUCGUAAUCGCGGUGUUUAUAAUCAUAUAAAUGUACGACAUCGCCGUUCAUAUGAACAUCUGCUCGAGUUUUACUUUCAUUUAAAAUAUUUUAAUUCUGUUAAUUACAACAUUAAAACCCUUUUUUUUUAAAUCAGUGGUCUAUAAAACGUAAGGAAAGGUGACGAAAUGAUCCGCACGAUUGUGCAGUUUUACAGUAUUUAUAGAACAGCGUUUAAUGUCGUCGCAGUAUUCGUGCGCAGACUUUUCAUGCUUUAGCGACUUUGUGUUGUAAAAACCGUGUACGUGGUACGAGCGUCUGUGCAAACACUGAACAAACACUGUACAAACACUGACAGGAUCGUGGCAAAAAUGAAUGCAUUUUAUUAAAAUAUAACUAAAAUACAGCAGUCACUGGAUGUAAAAACCAUAGAUGUGAAGUGAGACCGUUUCAGACCGAUAUCUGAUACAGCGUUAGAUCGGAUCGUCCGGUCUGAUUCAUCACUAAUCAAGGUGCAUCUGUAGGUGUGUCUGUUAUUAGGUUUAUGUUUGCUGUUCAUCGCUGUACAGGAUUAAACGCCUCAUGAGGUCAAUAAAUCUGUUCUAAUUCCUACUGCUGUGCCGUCUCUCCUUCGGCUCUGUGUGUGUACUCAAGGUGGCGCUAUUCAACUGACACACGACAGUGAUGGCAAUUUCAGCUCUUAAUGUUUCAGACACUUUUCUCUGCAUGUCUGUGUCUGGAAUUCUGUAACGAUGCUAAUUAAUGAAAUAACCGGCGACGUCGUACUUCAUCCCUACUCCGUUCUAACAGCAUGGAUCUUUGUUAUUCUGUACGUUGCUACGGAAACUGCAACACUGAACACUGACUUGUCUCUUUUGGCUUGAAAAACCCAAACAAUAAACUCAAUUGAACUGA